UAACAGUCACAACUUUCUCUGUGUCUCCGGUUUGUCAGAAGAGUAAAUUCCUUGUUCCACACUGCUUAUAAUCUGUCAGCCUGUGUGGCUUCAGAUUGAGGCUGAGUGAUACCAUUUGAGAAGACAAGAGAAAGGAUGGGUGGUUUUGAGGAUUACAAGCCUGUCAUGGCCAUGUCUGGCCUGCAGUUCGCUUAUGCAGCUCUUACUUUGCUCGCUAGAGCUUCUUUUCUACAAGGGGUGAGCCCUAGAGUCUUUGUUGUGUAUAGACAAGCCACAGCCACACUUUUCAUUUCACCUAUUGCCUUCCUAGGGAGGACUUCACUGGGAUGGAAGAGCUUCUCUUUGAUAUUCUUGGCAUCUCUCAUUGGGGUAGCAAUCAAUCAAAACAUUUACUAUGAGGGUAUGUACUUAGCAUCAUCGUCGAUCGCUAGUGCAACAAACAACGUUAUCCCUGCAACCACAUUUCUGCUGGCGUCUGCUCUUGGAAUGGAGAAGGUUAAUGGAAGAAGUCUAAGAAGCGUAGCCAAGAUAUUGGGCACGGCAGUCUGCGUUGGCGGAGCGAUUGUUAUGGCGUUGCUCAGGGGACCAAAGCUUCUAAACGCAGAGUUCCAUCUACGCUCAAGGUCUAUUUUUGCUGCUGAAGGUGACAGUUGGUUGCUGGGUUGCGUAUUUCUCUUGGGAAGCGCUUGUUGCUGGUCGAUUUGGUUGAUUCUGCAGGUCCCAAUGUCGGCAAGCCAUCCUGACCAUCUAUCUCUAUCGGCUUGGAUGUGUUUUAUGUCCACAAUUCAAUGUGCAAUCAUUACAUUAUUCCUCGAACAAGAUCCUGAAGCAUGGAAGAUCCAUUCCAACCUCGGAAUAGCUGCUAUUCUAUAUUCUGGAAUUGUAGGAUCCGGAAUUUCUUUCUUCAUCCAGUCGUGGUGCAUUUCCCAAAGAGGCCCUCUCUUCUCCUCGACGUUCAUCCCUCUGAGCACUGUUAUCGUAACCAUUUUUGCUGCUAUAUUUCUGCACGAAGAAAUAUAUACUGGAAGCCUGGCAGGUGCAAUUGCGGUAGUAGCUGGCUUAUAUUUAGUGCUAUGGGGUAAAGCUAAUGACGGUGAGAUCAAUGAACAGACACAGCCCAACCUUCAAAUUGAUUGUGCUCACAUCGUAAAGCCAUCUACCAAUGAGUCGAUACUGGAGAAGCCGUCAAGAGGUAAAUGUGAUUCAUCAGAACCUCUUUUAUCAGAAAAAUCGUCUGAUAAAACAAGCCCUGUCUAG